UUUCGAGUCAUGUCGUGAAAGAAGUCUUUCAACAAACAAGAAAAUGCACUCCCUCUAAAUGCUGUGUAAACAAAUUUUGCGAAAUAACCAUGGCGGACUAUAAUCCGUUCUUCGGAGAUGAGGACGGAGAAAUUGAGGACAGCAUCAUUGCUGCAGUAGAAGAAGAAAAAUCAAGACCAUCCUCCAAAUCUGAAGGUUCCCCCAAGACUGCCUGGUCCAAAGAAGAACUGAGUUACGACUCCAUAGCGGUGAAAUUACUGAAAGACAACCUUCUGCUUUCGGCAUUGGAAUUGCAUACGGAGCUCACUGAAAAUGGUCGGCAGCUGCCCCGCCUCCGUGAUUACUUCUCCAACCCGGGGAACUUUGAGAAACAGUCGGCGGACGGCCGCGGUGGGUCUCCUCAAGUCGGGAAUUUGUAUCGAACAUCAAGUGAAACAACAUUUGAUUCCUUGGACUUAGCACGUUAUUCAGAUGAUGGUAACAAUCAGGUAGAUGAAAGAUUAACAGUUCUGGAGUUUGAACUGCGGAAAGCAAGGGAAACCAUCAAAUCACUCCGAGCUAACCUCACAGAAGCUGCAGAGAGUGACAUUCCAUCACCUGUGCAUUCCAAUACUGAUAUGGAGGGAGCUGUAGCAGAGGAAGCCACCAAACCUCUUGAAAGGAGAGCAGUCAACUUUCUAGUGAAUGAAUACCUCAUGAACAAUAAUUAUAAACUCACAUCCAUCACAUUUGCAGAUGAAAAUGAAGAUCAGGACUUUGAUGACUGGGAUGAUGUUGGUCUGAACACGCCCCAUCCACCUGAUCUUCUCCACCUCUACCGAGACUACAGUCGUCAUGUGAUCGUCAAGCCAGAGAUGAAGGAUGUAGGAUGUGGGGAGGAUAGCAUCGACGAGGAGCAGCCGGAAGCGGUGGAGGCGGACCUUAACAUGAGCAUUGAGCAACAGAGGCAGCAUUAUGAAGCUGAAAUGGAAAGUCUUGAGAAGCAAGCUGCACAGCUUAGAGAAGAGAAAGCUGAACUCAAUAUGGUUGUGGAGAAAAUGGAAAGAGAAAUCCAAUCUCUAACAGCCCCUAAGCAGUCCACCCCCAUGGUGAGUCCAAUCACAUCGCCAAUGAAAGACCCCACCCUACACCCUGACCACAGAGGAGAGAGACGGGAGCCCAUUGGCCAGGAGAUGACUGAAGACACGCCCCCUUCAUCAUCAUCAUCCAAUCAGGUGGAAGCAUUAAGGGAUUUACAGCCCGAGGAGGAAGAGGAUGGGAGAGAGGAGGAGGAGGAUGAAGUCGACGGGGUAGAUGAGAUUGAUGGGGUUGUCAACGGCGACGAGAGGAGUGGGGAGGGUCAGGAGGAGUUCAGAGAGGUCGAAGGUCAGACAGAAGAGAAGAUGGUGGAUGGUUAUUUGACAAGGAGGAAAAACGUUUCUGAAGCAUUCCAGAGGGCUCUGCUAGGGACAGUUGUUCAUCCUGUCGAAACCACAGAGACGAGACUCUUAGAAGAGGUCUCCCACAUAGCGUCAUCGGGUCAAGAGGUCGUGGAAAUGCUUGCAAGAUGUUUGCCUCAUAUCAUUCCUAAUGUACUACUUGCAAAGAGAGAGGAACUUGUACCGUUAAUCUUGUGUACUGCCAGCUCCCAUCCCGAGGCCAAAGAAAGAGACCAACUAUUAAAUCUACUUUUCAAUCUCAUCAAAAAACCUGAUGAAGACCAAAGACAAAUCAUUCUAAGUGGCUGUGUAGCAUUCGCUAAACAUGUAGGACCAACAAAGGCAGAGUCAGAACUACUUCCGCAAUGUUGGGAACAAAUUACACACAAGUACCUGGAAAGAAGACUACUUGUGGCUGAGUCAUGUGGAGCACUAUCCCCUUACUUGCCAAAAGAAAUCUGUAGCUCGUUAGUCCUCUCCAUGCUACAGCAGAUGCUUGAAGACAGAGCAGAGGAGAUCAGAGGUUCGGCCGUCAAGAGCUUGGGUCUUGUCUUCUCUCUCAUAGAUGAUACAGACAAAUACAAUCAGGGCCUAGACCUGCUACUGAAGGCUCUGGGUGAUAGCUCAGACAGUGUAGUCAAUGCAACUCAACAAGUCUUUCUCUCUGCCUUUGCUGCCUGGGCCCAAGAUCUUGACAGACUGGAAACCAACCUCAUCUCAACAGUACUUAAACGCCUAGAAGUCACUGCCAUUGAUCUUCAAAGGCCCAAGCCAGAUCUCCUACAGGGUGAGAGGCUGAUAGAACACUACGCUCACACGUUACAGUGCCUCGUUCCUGCCUUAUACGCCAACAUCCUCAAGACGGGACCGUUUGAAGAACAGUUACAGAAUGGAGUGGAAGAGGAUGGUGAAGAAGAGGAACUUGAAGUGACAAGAUUUCCCAAGCCGCUAUGCUCUCUUCACAACCUGACCAUCAUCAUGGGGGAUAAGAGACGACUCAUCAGGCUCAUGAAGGCCUUUGAGGCAUACACCAUCCAAGAGGGAGAUGUGGAAUCGUGGCCUAGUUACAACUGGCUCACAAAUGAAUACAUUCCAAGGUUAUUAGAAGUGGCUGGUAGAUUGGAUGCUUCCCAUACUAACUGUGUAAGAGCACUCACCAAACUAUUUGUUCAUAUCUGCAAGACUUUUGGUCCCGCAUUCACGGAUACAAAGGUUACACCAAAGUUCCAAGCAGUGCUAAAUGUUCCCAAAGAACAGUAUCAUACUCUUGUCCGCUCGGGCCAAAGUGCGGUAGCCAAAGCCACGUUACCGGUGUUUGUUUGCGGGGUUCUAGGUAGCCACCAUCGGGAGGACGAUCGUCAUCAGAUCUCCCAUUACCUUCAAGAAGCCAUCGUGAUCCUUGGUCAGUGCCAGGCACCACAGGACAGCGUCCAUCUUGCUUUCAAUGAUUUACAUGCAAACCCAACCUACCAUGAGCUCCUCCUUGCCACCUUAUGGAGCUGUGUAGUCCAUACUGCUUCCUCCGUCCGUAUCGUCACUGCUAGACUCUUUGAAUUACUUGCCAAGGGAAUCAAUGAAUCACUGGUAUCAUCAAGAGUGGUGCCUGCUCUCAUCACCCUCUCAGGAGACUCAGAUGUUUCUGUCCGGGUGGCCACCAUUCCUGCCUUUGGUACUAUCCUAGAGAACACAAAUCAGAAAGAGACAUUAGACCGGGUCUACACUCAGUUCCAGACCUUCCUUGAUGAUACCAACUACACCCAGGAGCACUCCCUCAUGGUCCAAGUUAUUCAUACGUUGGCCAAGAUUGGUCCUAACGCAGAGCCCAAGUUCAGGGACGAGUUCAUACUACCUCGACUAGCAGCUAUGGCCUAUACCAACAGUCAAUCAACCAAUGAUGUUAACAGAGCGGAGGUCGCUAUGGCUCUCUUUGAAGCGUACAGUGCAAUCUCAUGCUGCUUCUUGUCUGUUGAUCUGAUCCGAGAUGCCAUGCUCCCGGGACUAAGGUGCUUAAGAAAAGACAUGGAGACAGUUCUUCCAGAACAUGAGGGUGUUGUUUCUUCAAUGAUCAAAGAUUUUGAGGCGAAAAUCCAUGGAAAAGAGAGAUCUUCAUCGUUCAACAACAUGGCUCACAACCUCCAGGGGCAUGUGGCCCACCUGGGGGAGGAUGCCAGAAAGAAGAUGGCUAUUAAGAUGAGCGCUCAGAAGACAAAGAUGGGAAACGUCUUCUCUCGCAAGAAAUAAUUGAGACAAAAGUGAGGAUACAUCUCCCAGGAGCACCAAUCCUUUCUACUCCCCCUAUAUGGCCAGUGUCAACCAGGACAGCAAGUCGUCGGCCACUAGCAAGACUGCGCCCUCUAAGACCAUGAUGGGUGGAAUCUUCUCUUGGGGGAAAUGAACUGAAGGAGAAUCGUUCAUGGUUCAACCAAAAUGAGACUAGAUAGGGUCAGGCUUGGUGCUGCUUGCCACCAAUAGUGCAAGCAUGCCCCUCUUGGACCAUUGUAUACUCUUUGCAGAAGGGAUAAGGUAGAAGAAUUCUCUCUCUUUCAUCUGGACUUGUUGACGAUAUGGCGAGAGGUAAAAAUAGGAAUUCAGUAUCAGGAUCUGGAAUCUGUUUGGGAUGUUGUCAAGAGAUACUACCAAGUUCUCGUCCUGCCCACCAUCAGACGGGAAACAUUAUACGCUUUGAAGUAGUCUGAACAUGCAGUCUAAAGUCCCUGACUGGGACUUGUGCACAGAAGGUCCCUCUCAUUCACAAGUUGCACCUGUGUUAGUCUUGUCUCAAGGCCCACAUGUUGUUUAGGGUCUGUGACCUGCAGACAAGCUUUCUACAAGUCAUCUUUGAAGGAGAAGUUUUGAAAUUCUUACAUUCCUUGUCGGACUGGAGGGAACUUCUAGUGUGGUUCUGCCAAUCACCAAUGCAACUACUGCUCCUGGGACCAUAACCUUCUUGAAGGAAGUUGAUCCUCUAGAAUGGUGCAAUGGAUAAUGAAAUCCCACUCUUUGAAGAUACAGCAGUUUCCCUUUAUAGCACCACAGUACAAAGUAGGAAAUGAGUGUUCUUGAAUAGGAUUGAUGAUAUUGGCAGGUGACAAUUUACACAGGUAGCAUCAUCCCCACCUUAUCCUAGGAUCAUGACGGGAAAUUUGUCCUUAUUCUUGUUUCAAAAUAGAGAAUGAUAAGUUCCUGGAAAGCUGAUAUAUCAGGAACAUUCUUUAUCCAAGAGUGUUAUGAUAAUGCAGUGGAAUUAUAUGUUUAGGAAAAUCUGAAAACUUACUAUUGAAUUUAUUUUUAUUUCAACCUAAGUAAACUAGCCCCCCUAUUGAACCUGACAAUGCCUUAUUGGUUAAAGUGGACAUUUCAUUUUGUUAAUUUUUGUUAAUUUUGCUCCAAUUUUUGUGCCAAAGUUGGAGAGGCAACUAAAUCAAAUCAAAUAUAUUUUGUGUCUAAUUGUACACAUUAUUUCUUCUUUCUUUUUAUAGUGUAUUCAUAGAAUUGUUGAAUACAGACAAGUUAGUACCCUGUACAAGUUUGUCAUUAGAUGUUACAGAAACAUGCCCACAAAGUAAUCUACUUUAUAGGUCACUAAACCAUUUCUGUCUAGUGAAUAGUGCAGAAUCUUGCUUUUGCAGUUUUAGGAAAGUAGAAUAUGAGGUGUUGUAACACUAGAUGUAUAGAUCCCCUCACAAGCAUAACCUUAUUGUUAAUUUUUUGAAAAAAAAAGUAAAAGCUUGGCCAUUUUGCUAUCACUCACUGUUUUUAAUUUAAAAGGCAAUUCCUCUAUUAUGCUAAUGAAGAUAAAACCACAGGUCAAGCUUUUGUAAAGUUUUGUAGGUCACAUUGAGUACUUUCAUUUCACAGAGACAGUCUUCAUAAACAGGUUGCUAGUGCAAGUAAUAAUGAUGAUAAUAAUAACGGUAUAUUUUUACCCAGUGUAGCUACUCCUGUUCUGAAAACUGUUCUCCCAGUGGGCCCUGCUAUUAUUACCCAGGCUUUAGCUCGGCUACCUAUAGGCGCUCAAGCAUUCAAGGAGUUUAUUCCUACCGGAUAGACGUGUAUCCAAGGUUGUUUAUUCUGAUUUAGAAUAAAAGAGAAAAUAUUUUUUAAAGAUUUAUUAUGAAAAGGGUCAAGUAGUACUGUUAAAAAUGCACUAUUACAGUACUGUAAUAAGAUUUGUAUAUUGCGUUGUGUAAGAUGAUGAUCCUCUAUUUUGAAAUAUUUCUGAUUAUCGCCACGGUAACAUUUUCAUUUGUAUAUU